AUGGUAUUCAUUAAAUUUCUGAAAAAUAUAGAUCAAGAAAAAAAACCAUUAUUUUGUCUAUUUGCUAAAGUAAUAGAACAUUAAAUAGUCAUGGUUUUUUCAAAUACUUUGUAUGUUUUUGAUAAUCAAACAAUCAUUGAUUAUUUUAUUGAAUAUAGAAAAAAAUUUUAAAAUGUUUAUUCAUUAUAAGAUACAUGCAAGUCUUGUUAUUAAUUACAAGGGAAAUUUGAUGCUGAUAUUAAUGUGAUUAUUUACAAUUUUUUAAUUGAGGAUCAAACCGCUGAUAAUAAAGACAUUGAAAUUAUAAAAACAGGAGGGAAAAAAAUUUCAUUAAGUGUUAAAAAAGUUUCAUAGCUUAACAAACCAUAAAAGUCAUCAGUUUUGAUUGUAUAGCAUCCUUUGUGUAUUGUAUAAGUCACAAAAUAAAUUAGAAUUUUUAUCUGCUUUUAAAUGAAUAGUUUAAAUAAAUUCUGGAAAUGAAAUUCAAAGAUAUAAUAAUUAGUUUUUCUAUAACAAAUGAAUAGCAAUUAAUAAUUUUGAAUGAAAAAAAUGAGCUAGAAAUUUAUGAAUUAUCUCUUGGAAUACUACAAAGUUAGAGUAAUUUAUAUAAAAAAAUCUAUUUAAAUGUUUAUAAUUAGAUAUUUAUAAAAUUAACUUGUAAUUACCUUCAUGGAUAAAGAAAUGUAUAUAAAGUAAAAUAAGGUGAUCUCCAUGAGUUUUUAAAGUAUCAUGAAAUAAAGGAUUCUUAACCAACAGAUUUAGAAUAAUUGGAUGAUCGAAUGAGCGAUAUAAGAAAUAUGAAAGUACAUUAAUUAAAAAAGGAUUGUUGGGUGUUUGCAUAUAAACGUUUUGAACACUUUGUUUAUUCAUAAAAUAGCAUAUAUAAAAUAUUAGAUUAAAUGAUCAUUACUACAAUGGCAUUAUCAAAGUUUUAUUAUUAGAAAAUAAAUCAUGUAGAAUAAGAGGAGUAUUUAGUAUAAUACGAAAUACUAGUAACAGCAGGAUUAGAUUAGGAUAAAGAAUAAAAUUGUGAUAAAGCUUACAUAAAGAUAUUUUAAUUGUUACAAUCAUCUCAAUUGAAAUGUACAAUGUUAAUUCCGUUGUUAUAGAUAGUAGAUUUAAAGUAUGAGAUAGAAUAUUUGGAAUUUAUUGGACAAUAUGAUUUAAUAAUAAAAGAUACAAAAGGAUAGAUAGGAAUAAUAUAAUUCACAGUGGAAGAAUUUGGGUAAGUUUUAUUACGGGAUUAAGAUUGA